CCGCACUUUCUGGGCAAUCCCAGCGGGCCUCUGCCCCUCGCCAGCACGACGAGGAGCCCCAAAUGUCCAUCGCGCUCCCACGGGCUUCUGCGGCCUGCGGCCGCGCACGGCCGCCCCACCCCACCCCCCUUCGGGCGCUCCCAGGGGCGUCCUUGGCCCAAAGGUGCCCCCAGGGGGGGGGGGAAAGAGGAGGAGGAGGAGGAGGAGGAGGAGGAGGAGGAGGAGGAAGAGGAGGAGGAGGAGGUCGGGGACGGCGGGGCGCACUCCCUGGGCUCGCUCUCCGAGCCGCCUCUCAUGGUCCGGCACGACAGGUGGCGCGAGGCGUUGGAGGAGGGCGAGCUGAGGCAUCGGCAUCUCGCCACCGGCGCUCCGACCACUGCCAGGGCCCAGAGGCCACAGGGCUCGGAGCUGCGUCCCGCCGCGGCGACUCCGAGGGGCCCCCGGAGCCCCGAGAGCCGACUGCAGCAGACAAGCUGCACCAGCGCAGAACCAAUCCACCGGAGCCCAGCCCCCCUGAAGGGGCCCACGAAC